AUGGCGGCCGCUCAGGCGAAGUGGGACGAGCGUGAGGCGUAUGAGGAGCUGCUGUACUGGGACGAUCUCAUCCAGAGGGGACACCGGCUACAUCCACACGACUAUGACAGAUAUGAAGAGUUGAGGUAUUGGUAUGAUUGCCUUUGCUAUAAAGAAGACCUACGACAUUAUCACGACUACCUUGCUGCUGUAGAAGAAAUUGAAGGUCAGAAGCAACAAGAGCAAACGUGCCCUCGUCCUUAUGACCGGCACGUGAUGGCAAAACAUUCCGAUAUUUAUCCUUCAGCGAGGCUCCUGGAUGCAGUCCAAAUGAUUGUAUCCCAUGUUGAACACGCUCUGAAGCCUGUCUCUGAUCAAAUGGAUGUUACACCAAGUGAAUUCAGUGACGAACAAGGCCGUGUAUUGCGUGGUGUCAUGAGGGUUGGGUUAGUUGCCAAAGGACUUAUACUGAAGGGUGAUCGAGAUCUUGAGCUGGUCCUGCUUUCCUCUAAAAAGCCAACACUUUCACUUCUCAGACAAGUGACUGAAAAGCUAGCACUAGAACUAGAGACCAUUUCACCAGGAAUGUAUACAACUGCUGACAACACUGAAAAUGGAGCAAUUGUUGUUCAAAGUACCACCAAACCUAUCCUGACUCUUCAGGUCUAUUUGACUUCACCUUUGGUCAGGACGGUCAAAUCUACAGAGAAAGAUGAAGAAACGCAAACGGUCAGCGAUCCGCCGGACGUUCUGGACAGGCAGAAAUGCCUGACUGCCUUGGCAUCUCUUCGUCAUGCCAAGUGGUUCCAGGCCAAAGUCAGCGAGUUGGGGUCUGCUCUGGUUGUGAUCCGAAUCUUGAGGGACUUGUGUAACCGUGUGCCUACCUGGCAGCCACUCUCUGGAUGGCCUCUUGAGCUGCUUGUGGAAAAAGCCAUUGUAACUUCCGAAAGGCCUUUGGGAGCUGGAGAGGCUUUGCGCAGAGUCUUUGAAUCCAUCUCUACUGGAAUACUUUAUAAAGAUGGUGCAGGAAUUAAGGACCCCUGUGAGAAGGAUCCCUUGGAUGCCAUUGAACACUUGUCAACGCAACAACGCGAAGACAUCACAAACAAUGCACAGCAUAUCUUGAGGCUUUGGGCAUUUGGGCAGAUACACAAGGUGUUGGGAAUGGGUGCUAAACCUAAAAAACCCCAGAAACACGAGGCCUCCUCUGCAAAUACUUCAGCUCCUGGACCACGCGGUUACCCACCGGCUAAGAGACCCUUUUCAGCUGUAGACACGGGAAAGGAACAGUCACAUCUGAACAGUAAACAACGCAAGUUUCAAAAGCGCUUUCAGCGAAAACCAGUCAGCGAUGAUAUAAACAUGAAUGCUGUAAUGCGUCUAAACCAGUACAGGCCUGGCCUGGCAUACCGUCUCACAUCUCAAAGUGGCCCUGUGCAUGAGCCAGUGUUCACGAUGGCGGUUGACUUCAAUGGAAAGACUUUUGAAGCUACUGGCCGUUCCAAGCGAUCUGCAAAGAUUAAUGUAGCCACCAAGGUCUUGCAAGAGCUUGGGCUUUCUACUGCUCCAGCAGAAUCUAAUGGUUCCAGUGGAGGGCAAGAUGGGGUUAAAGCUGCGACAAAAACUGGAUCAGAAGAGGGAGUCCUUGGAGCCAUUCUGACCAAACAUGGAAAAAAUCCAGUGAUGGAAUUAAAUGAAAAGCGCCGUAGUUUGAGGUAUGAGCUCUCUGCAGAAACUGGGGGAUCUCAUGAGAAGUGCUUUGUUAUCGAGGUGGAUGUCGAUGGGCAAAAGUUCAAAGGAAGUGGCUCAAACAAAAAGGAGGCGAAGGCCCGUGCUGCUCUUGCUGCUUUGGAGGCAUUAUUCCCUGAAGAUGAAACAAGAUUUUAUCAAAAGAAGAAGGUCACAUACACAGAUAUGCACAUCCCAGGCUUUGGCACUAUCCGUGGGAUCCCUACAGACAAUGGGUCUCGUGGCAGAGGCCGGGGCAGGGGCAGAGACAAGUCAAGUGCUGGUCCCAGUUACAAUAAAACCAACUACAGCUAUGAAAGCAACUCUGGCUCAAGCUAUCAUAAACUCUAUGGCAGCGGUGAUGCCAGCACAGCGGACAACAUUGGCUCAUAUGGGACCUUUUACCCCGACACCACCACAUACUCUGCUGUACCAGUCUCAAACCCUGCAGCCGCUGUCGCCGUCACUACUCAACCAGAUUAUACCGCAAUGCCGCCCCCUGUUGACCAGCAGAGUCCCUACAGCUAUGGCUACGGAGGAGAGAAAAAGAAGAUGCUAACUCAAGAGCAAGAUUAUUCCAUGUACCCAACCGCCUACCCGAGCUCCGUGACAGGGGGGCAGGAGUAUAAUAACUAUGGCUGGGGCCAACAGACCUGGGACGGUCAGCACUACGCAUACCAGGGUUACACCGGACAAGACCAGAGCGCGUAUCCGGGUUACAGUGGCACUAGUUAUUAA